UUGAAAAUGGAGGGAAAUCGUUCAGACACACAGCCACUAACACUCAUUAGGAAAAUCAAAGGAUUUACUCGUUCCAUUGUUGAGGAUCUAGCUCGAGGUAGAACACCGUUAAUCUACAUUGAUCGGUUCAGAAAUUACUGUACUGACACUUCUGGAAAUUGCUUCUGCAGCUCUGGUUUGUCGACUGGAAAGGAAGCUAUAUCAUUGAAGAGGGAAUGCCAUGCACGUAGGCUUGAUGUCUUGUUGAGAGUCCUUGUGAUAGUUCAGCAACUUCUGCAAGAAAACAGGCAUGGAUCAAAGAGAGACAUAUAUUACAUGCAUCCUACUGUUUUUAAAGAACAAUCUGUUGUUGAUCGGGCAAUUAAUGACAUUUGCAUCCUCUUGCAAUGCAGCCGUCAUAACCUUAAUGUGGUGUCUGUUGGAAAUGGAUUGGUGAUGGGCUGGCUGCGUUAUGUGGAAUCUUGGAGGAAAAUUGACUGCAUGAGCAAUCCUAACACGUUAUGUGGAAUCUUGGAGGAAAAUUGACUGCAUGAGCAAUCCUAACACUGCAUUCCCGAUUCCGGUCCAUGUGGAAGAGGUUGAUGAUAUUAUUAGUGUUGCUCAGUACGUUUUAGUUGUGGAAAAGGAAUCAGUGUUCCAGCGACUAGCAAAUGAUCAGUUUUGCAAGAGGAACCGUUGCAUUGUGAUAACAGUACGCAUCUUUUGUUUUAUGAGAAUUUCCACACAUAUUUGGCUCCAUAAUUUCUUUUUAUCAGGGAAGGGGUUAUCCUGAUGUUCCCACAAGGAGGUUUCUGUGUCUCCUCAUUGACAAGCUGCAUUUGCCUGUGUACUGCCUGGUAGACUGUGAUCCAUAUGGCUUUGACAUCUUAACUACAUACUAAUUCGGUUCUUUGGUAAGGAUUUUCCAAUGUGGUGUUAUUAAUUAUGAUGUGAACAAGUUGUUAAUGUUCCUCCUUCUCACUGUAAAAGUCUACACUUCCAUUGUUAAUUAGUCCAAACUUACGUUCGCAUUUAUCAAACAAAAGUCUGAUACAUUCUUCUCCGGGUUCCUAUCAAAAGCUAUCAAGCAUUCAUUUUUAUCUUGAUUGUAAUCUACGCGAGACACUUAAGUUGAAGUGAAUAGGGUAGUUAGAUUAGAUGGAUUGAUAGAAGGAUGUUUUCUUUGGUAAUAUCUGUCUUUUUAUGUUUCUUGAAGCAAAUGGCUUAUGAUGCAACGUAUCUACGGGUCUCUGAGAUUCAAUGGCUUGGAGUGUUUGUCCAGGAUUGCAACAAUUAUAGCAUUCCGCAGCAAUGUCUCCUGCCUUUGACUGCAGAAGAUAAGAGGAAAGUCGAAGCAAUGUUACCUAGAUGUUAUUUGCAAAGAGAAGUACCAAAAUGGAGGUAGAAUUUCAUACCACUAAGUAAUAUUAGUGCCAAGACUUGUGGUGGUUGGGUUCUCAAAAUAUUCAUAUGACUGUUCUCCACCCCCUAAGGUUUGAACUGGAGCUGCUGUUGCACAAAGGAGUUAAGUUUGAGAUUGAAGCGUUGUCUGUGCAUUCACUCACUUUCUUGUCCCACGAGUAUCUACCAUCAAAGAUCCACAGCGGAGGGUAUAUCUGAAUGUUUUCUAUCUUUGUUUGGUUCUUUAGCACGAGAAGGUCAAAGCACUUUUCUUAUGGUUUGAUUAAAUCAUUUGAAAGACCAACCAAACUAGUCAUUGUUUGUCAAAUUCAUCAUGUUCGUUCGUUUUGGCAAUUAAGCUUUUCACGACAAGUCGACAAUGGUUGUGGAUAUCGAGCUACGAAUAUAGAUUGACAUUAAGCAGUUGGAUAGAGAAUGAAAUUUGUCACUAUCUCAU